UCUAGAAAUUAUCUGUUAUUCAAUGGAUAUUGAAGUUGAUCAUUAUACUGCUUUGGAUUUAGCCUCCGGUGAGGAAGGGGCAAAGCUUUCUGAAAUCGACAUAUCGAAAGCCUAUCGAAAGAAAGCAUUAGAAUUGCAUCCAGACAAGAGAUCCGAUGAUCCCAUUAAUGCUCACUUCAACUUUCAAAAUCUUAAGGCUUCCUACGACAUUCUUAAGGAUGAGAAAAAGAGGAAGUUAUUUGAUGAGAUGAUCCAAUUACGAAAACAACAAGAAGAUUCAAAGCGUAGAAAGAUAAUGCCAGAGCAUAUCUUUGUACCUGAUAUUAAUUUGGCUCGACUAGAAGAGGAGGAAAGAAUUUCUAUAAAACUUCUAGGCGAAAUUGCUAGAAUUCGUGAAAUAUUUCUUUCAAAGAAAGAGUCACCAGACAUGUGUGUUGACAAGGAAAAGGUGCUUAAGGUAUCUUGGGAUAAAAUCGGUGAAGAUUAUACUUGCCAAAGACUGAGAGAGUUAUUUAGUAAUUUUGGUGUGGUUGAAUAUGUAAUCAUGAGUUCUAAGAAGAAACGUUAUGCUCUUGUUGAAAUGUCAUCUAAGGACGACGCAGCUAAAGCCGCCUCUUGUGUCUUGGGCAAUCUGUUUAUUGUGCCUCUUCAGCCUACAAUGUCAUCUCCAUUUUCUAACACAAGUGCAAACAAUUAA